UCGUGUUUACUUUACCCACUGCACAUCCACAAAUGAGAAAAAGCGACGUGCAUGCAGGUAACUUGCACGGAUUUUGGCUGUCCCACAUCUCACUCGGUGAACCCUAAAUUCAGAUAAGAAGGAACCAAAAUGGUCAAGCUUGUUGUGAUAUCUCAUAAUUAUAUAAGGUCAGUGAUGUGACAUUUGGCGUCAUUAGAAGGGAGAUUGGUGCGAUCACGCACUAAUGCCCUGAACACGAUAGUCCAUUCAGAAAUUGCCAGAAGUGCCUCAAAUAGAGAGGCCAUUUGGAGUAUUUCCUGCAGCACUUAGACUGCUCUGCUCUGAUCAGUGCAAAUCUAAUCUUUAUGCUUUAGAGGGAGUUCAGGUCCCGAAACAUCAGUUGAGCUCUUCAUUACUCAUCGUGGUUAUCUAGGGUAUAGCCCACCCACCCACCUUCAGAUAAACUUAUCCCGGCCCAGUUUGUUCUUUUUUGGGUGCUAAGUCCCACUUAACUCAUGUUUUGGGACUCUCUGGUCACAAGUUGCUAGCCACAGAAUGGGAGCAGGUCCCUGGUCACACUAAAAGUCUGCCUUCUCCUCCUGCUCCUCUUCCUCUAAAUGCUUGCAGUUUGAUAAAGAAAGCAAACUAAAUCUGCAUUUUACCUCAUCAGCCUACUAUCACCCAAGGUGGCAGCAUCAUGACAAGACAAACAUGAUGCCGGUGAAAUUUAAUAGCCAGGUCUAUUUUUGAAGCCAUUACAUAAUUCCUCCAUGCCCUGUUUUAGGGAAGGUAUGAAAGCAGGCAGAAGUUCAGCCCAGCAAAGUCAGACGGUUCAAAGAGGUAGAGAGCGAUGGAGUAAAGAAAGAGUGGAGUUCAUGGGUGAAUAAUGAUUAAAAAUACAGGAGGGACGGGGUGUCUGCAGGUUACUCAUGCACUGCUUGGCUGGUGUUGCCGGGGAAAGCCUCACUGUAAUGCUGGAACAGUUUUUUUUAAGAAGAGCGCAGAGCAGACGGGCUGAAAGAAGACAAGCCAGCGAUUUAUAGCUAAUAGAUAUAUAGUACUUCAAGAGUCCACCACUUCCAGGUGUAGUGUGGCUGGAGGGCUUAGCAAGAUGGAAAUAGAUGCCCUUUUUCGCUACUAUUUCCAGCACCCGUGGUCCCGUCUCAUUGUGGCGUACCUCGUCACCUUUUUUAACUUCCUAAUUUUCGCCGAGGACCCCAUCUCUCACAGUCAGACAGAGGCCCAUAUGAUUGUGGUGGGGAACUGUUUCUCUUUCCUCUUCAACAAGUACCCAGGCCUCGGGUGGAACAUCCUGAAAGUAAUUGGCUGGAUACUGGCCAUUAUCACUGGCCUGUUAGCCGGGAAGUUUAUAUUUCACCGCCAGCUCUUUGGUCGAUACCUGCGCCUGAAAAUGUUCCGCGAGGAUCAUGGCUCCUGGAUGACCAUGUUCUUCAGCACCAUCCUCUUCCUCUUCAUCUUCUCACACAUCUACAACCUUUUCCUGCUGAUGGCUGGGAGCAUGAAGCCUCACAUGGUGACAGAAUACAUGGGCAUCAGGAAUGAGAGUUUUAUGAAGAUUGCUGCUGUGGGGACAUGGAUGGGAGAUUUUGUCACUGCCUGGAUGGUGACAGACAUGAUGCUCCAGGAUCAGCACUACCCAGACUGGGGCAAAGCUGCCAGAAGGUUCUGGAAACAAGGCAACAACAGGAUCGUCCUGUUCUGGACAGUACUCAUCUCUCUGACAUCAGUAGUGGUUCUGGUCAUCAGUACCGACUGGAUCAGCUGGGACAACCUGAACCGAGGCUUCCUGCCCAGUGAUGAGGUCUCCAGAGCCUUCCUAGCUUCCUUCAUCUUGGUCUUUGACCUUCUCAUUGUUAUGCAGGACUGGGAGUUCCCUCACUUCAUGGGUGACCUGGAUAUGAAUCUACCAGGAAUGUCUACAACACAUGUGAAGGUUAAGCUUCCUGUCUGCAAGCGCAUCUUUAAAGAGGAGUACCACAUUCAUAUCACAGGUAAGUGGUUCAACUAUGGUAUCAUCUUCCUCGUGCUGAUUUUGGACCUUAACAUGUGGAAGAACCAGAUCUUCUAUAAGCCCUAUGAAUAUGGGCAGUAUGUUGGGCCUGGUGAGAAGAUCUUCACAGUGGAGGAGCCAGAAACCCUCAAGGACUUCAAUCACAGCACACUCACCUACGAGUGGCGCUCCACCAACGUUGACCCUAGGACCAACUUAACCUACGUGGAGCGGGACAUGUUCCUCCACAGCCGCUACAUUGGAGCCAGCUUGGAUGUGAAAUGCCUGGCCUUUAUUCCGAGCCUAGUGGCGUUCGUACUCUUUGGGUUUUUCAUCUGGCUGUUUGGUCGAUUUCAGGACAGCGAGACCUUCACAGAAAAUCCAGACAAGAGUUACGAGAGGAUAAAGAGGAAGUCGCCAUCCGAGUACAGCAAGGAGAUGGGCGCGACGCCAGAGGAGACACAUGUCACUAUGACCGAUAGCCUCAAACGAUCGGGAACGCCGAUGCUUCUGUCGGUGGAUGGGCCGCACUUUGGAGCGACACCCUCUACGAACUCUACGAUUUCCAUGGAAACCCAAGAGACACAUCCGAGCAUUGUGAUCGACAGCACGGAGCAGGAUGAACCGGCAGUCUCUUUCGAUGUUCACAAAUUCUCCCCGUGACUUGACGAACCUCUGAAACUUUGUACCUGCAGACAGGUUGGAACCAACAUGAUCAAUGGUAAACAACUCGAGCAUGUUUAUUCAGGACAGCACAAGAUGUCAGAGGAGGAUCUUUAACACAGUUCUUCAAGUGAAGGACAGAGUGUUAUUUACCUAGCCUAACCUUGAUGGCUGUUCCAGUCAUAUUAAUAUAUUUUUGUACCAAAAGCAUUUUAAAAGUCUUUAAAUGGCACCAAUUCUGAUACAUAGCAGAUCCAUUGCAAAACCUCAACUGACCAGGUGCUACCUUGGAUUUUACAUUUUCCUAAUUCAAUUUUGUCAAGGUACACCUACGGGUGCCUGUAACAGAGAACUAUUUCUACAGAUGUGACCUUCGGUUAGUGGAGUUUUAUUGUUUCAAAACAGUGUUAUAACUACAGCAGUGCCUUGAUAUUUCGCAUAUUCAGAUACGCAAAGCAUAUUCUAAACAGCCUGUGUGACCAUCCGGAUCUGCUUUACUAAUGUCUGACAUACUGUAUGCUCUUAUCAUAUCGACAUCAUGUUACCUCAUUUGAUCCUGAAACUUUAUCAUUUUAAUUUAUUCUCAUGCGAUGUCACUCUUACUACAUUUUAAUUGUGUUUAUGACCAUCGGUGUACGGUGACGACCUCCUCAUUUACCCUCACUUGAUUUUAGUUGCAAAGAUAAUAAAUGCAAUCAGCAGAGAUCAAAUAGCUAAACAGCAAGCCACCUCAUGAUUGCUUAUGCGGCUGCUGCACCUUUACUGAAUACCAACAGAGGGAGAAAAGGUGGUUUUUGCCCUUGGCAUAAACAUAAAUGUAAACCAUUGAAGUGCAGCGGUGACUUCUCCAAAGCUCAGGGCUUCUUUAUGUAAAGCUAAUGGUUGUAAAAGCAGAUUUUGUUUCCUGUUUUAUUGCAUGAAAGAAAAGGUGCAUUAUCCUACUGUAAAAGAAACCCUCAUUUCAAACAUAACUAAAAGCUGCAGCAUUUUAGCUUAAACUGGCUUUAAUGUGUAAAAGUGUUUGUACACCUAAGUUUGGGGGGUGUUUGGUCCAAAAACAUGUUCUUUUUUGUUUUUUUAUACAAUAAAAUAACCAUCUAAAUUAAGUUUGUUGUUAAUUAUAUAAUGAACUUGCUCAUGCUUUUGACCAAAGAUGCUCAAUCAUGCAGUAUUUUGAACAUAUUUGCAAGAAAAUGUGAUGAUUUGAGACAAAGACAUGUACGCACCGAGACAACGCAAGAUAGCAUGUGCUCUUGUUGUACUCUGCAUUGAUAUAUAAUGCACAAUAUUACACUGUGGCUGCAGAAAUAAGAAACUAUGACAUAUAUCUAUAUGAUAUUUCUCAAAUAGUCUGCUUUGUUUGCCAAUGAAAGGUACAGCAGUCAUCAUGUAACAGAAUAUGACCAGAUUUCUUACAUUUUGUAAACUAUUAUCUACAGUAUAAAUUAAUAUAAUUACAUUCACAUUAAUGGAUUAUCGUUUCAUUUUUUUUAUCUUUAAUUUUUGAAAUGACAAAAACAAUUAAAAUGUCUUUUAUUUAAGGUUGAGGUCCUGUUCUGGUAGAACAUUACACAGUGGAGUUUCCUGCAUUUGUGUUUUUGUGUAUGUGAACUGGAAGCAGAGCGAGAGAGAGAUGUCCACUUGUGUCUGUACAUGAUGUUUUAUACUUAACAGUCCGUGUGUGUGUGUGUGUGUGUGUGUGUGUGUGUGUGUGUGUGUGUGUGUGUGUGUGUGUGCAGACACAUGUGAAGUGUGUAGGUGUUUGCUGCUACACUUCUUUUCAACAAAGGCCAUUCUGUGAAGAGGUCAAUUUAUUCAGCAUAAUUGGUUUGCAGCUCUUGGUUUAGUAAUUAUCCUUUUAUACAUUAAAGCUCUGUGAAGACAUUAGAUAUUAGUGUUUUACCAAAGGGCAGAACCUCUUUGGACAUGAAGGGGCUCUAAUAUGUUUGGAAUGCAGCUGUAAUUGUUUGGGUUAAAAGUGAGGCCUUUGUCUUGUUCGGACUGUUUUCAUUGUGUUGUGCUGCAUAACUGACAAUUCCUACAAGUUCCUCUCUGUUUUUUGAAGCAAAGGGGAUUGUUUUUGUGUUUCCACAGUGUACUGUACUACUGUUGAACCUUGUGCUACCAAUAAAUUAAUACAUUUUUUACAUUCUGUAUCGACCACUUUCCUUAAUUCUUUUUGAACAAGGUUGCUGAUCUCGAUAAGUAACUCGCAAGUUAAGUUCUGCUUUUCAGUUUUUCUAUAUGCUUGGGAAGUAUAGUUGCCAAGCAACAGUGCAGGUCAAGCUUCUUGCAUCUGCUGACCCAAUUAAUGUGGGCAACAGGAGAAAUAAUGAUACUAUCUCUUCACAAGGACACUCGAAUACGUAGCCUGCAUACACAUAGCACCCAGCUCAGAUUAGCAUGAGUUCUCCUCUGAGCCUGUCCGUUGUUUGAUUUAUGCCAGUGGGAAACAAUUUGAAUUUGUUACUUGUUUUGUUCCCCGGCGGGAUUUGUUUAUAGAACAUGUCUACGUGUAAAUGAGUUAUAGAUUGGAUCGAAAAUGUCUGAGGGAUGAAAACUGAACUCACUGCCGACAGAAUUGGUUCCCAGUGUGGUGUUGGGACUCCUCCAAUGAGGUUGAGAGAAAAAUCUGAAGGGCCUUGAGAUGAUUGAUAAUAUAUUAAAGAAGAAAAAAAAAGUGCUUUGUUACAGAGAAUUAUGGCACAGUACGGCUUUUCAUCUUUGCUGUUUCCACGCUGGAUUCAAGAGGAAAUUUUGCAAGGAAUGUUGCGAAAUUUUUUAAAGGCACUGAAAGAAUCCUACAAAUGUUAGGGAUCACAUUUAUAGAGUGAACGAGAGCCAGUCGCCCACUGUGCGUUUAGUGUUAAUCGGCGAAUGUUACUGUGCGAAUUUGCUAAAUUUAUAUGACACGGAUGGUAGACAUAAACACCAGGAUAUAGUUAUUGUGAGCUCUUCAACUUUUACCCUUUAUCUCAAAGUGCAGCUGUGUCUAAAUAAGAGAUGCCGAUUACGAGAAAGGGCUGAAAUCCAACCAGUGGUUAAUGAGAAAAUACCACACAGAGGAGUGCGUUAUGACAGAUCUGUGAUGUAACAGUUAUUCACUUUCACUAGGAAAUAUUCAACAAUUCUUCUAAGACUCUUGGAUGUGCUGAUCGCAAAUUUAACUAUAAAACACUCUAAUUUAAAUUGUUUGUUCUAUUAAAAAUGCUUCAACACCACAAACACGGUCAUGUGGUCCAGUUUGGCGACUCAAAUGAGCUGGGAGCUAUUCUGUGUCGACAUCCAUGUAUUAUAUGUACAUAUUCUUGCUUAUAAUAUAGGAUUUCACUCUCUUUUUGGGACUACCAGAUGUUACCCUUCAGAUCAAGUCCCAUACACGCAUCUUGGCCUUGCAGGUUUUUUUUCUUGUAAGCUCUUCUGUUUUGACAUAUAUGCAAAGAUUCUAUUAAAAAGGGUUGCAUGUAAGCCUAAAUCUAACCCAUUCUUAAAGCAUGUGGUUGUUAAUAGAUAAAAGGGACUGCAGGGGUUGCUGCUGAUAAAAAGUGGUUGAUCGUUUUAGGUUAAAUCAUGUUAAACAGUGACUGUUUCAUCCAUCAGCUGUAGAAAGCUGCUUCACGGGCCUGGAAUCCAACCACCGGUUUAACACAACAGAGGAGUGAGUUAUGAAAAAUCUGUAAUGUGACAGAAGCAGUUAAACAAACUGAUGUGAGACUAUGCUAUCGCAGGUGUCAUCCAAUCCAGCACUCCAUUGUCAGUAACCGUGUAUCCCGGGAUGUGUAAUUGCACCCACAACACUUGAAUCCUGCUGUGCCAUUCACUGCAAAAUUAGCUUUAAUAAGAGCCUCAGCUAGAUUGCUUCAGUAGUAAAUAUUAAAACACCUGCGGUGUGAAAACCAAGCAGAUUUGUGAAUACCUGAGGUCUCACGGAUGCUUGUUGUUUGUCUGUGAAAUAAAUCUCAUUGCCAGAGUGUAUUAGCUGUUUUUACUGAGGCCUCUUCCAAGUCUGC